CCAACCGGAAGCCUCCCUUACACGACUGUAGUUUUCCUCUGCGUCUCUGUUGAGCUGCCAACCGGCCGAAAAGAGACGAACCUGAAGCCCGCUGAGCUCACCUGCCAGAGAGGAACCACAGCAGACAGGUACGCUAAACAUGGCGGCGAGGAGCAACACGUGAACCCCCCCGCUGCCUGCUGCAGGGUGAAGAAGACUGAAGAAGACUCUCACCGCAUCCGAAGAGCGGAAGUUCAACCAAAACACUUGAAGUGAGACUCCUCGUUAUUGUCUCGAGCUGUGCAGAGAAGACCUGCUGCACUUUAAGAGUUUGAGAAAUUCAAAAGGCACCUGAGCAGACAGGUGCGAUGAGCAGGGAGCUGAACGUGCCGAUGUGCUCCCCGGCCCCAGGGAUCUCAGAGCAGGCUCUGGACGGCGGGGGGAUGGACUACAGGGACUGGGUGAGACGCAGUUACCUGGAGCUGGUCAGCUCCAACCAUCACUCAGUGCAAGCUCUGUCCUGGAGGAAACUCUACCUGAGCCGGGCCAAGCUGAAGGCCUCCAGCAGAACCUCUGCACUGCUGUCUGGCUUCGCAAUGGUGGCCAUGGUGGAGGUGCAGCUGGAGAUGCAGUACAGUUACCCUCCUGUGCUGCUCAUUGCCUUCAGCGUGUGCACCACCGUGCUGGUGGCGGUGCACCUCUUCGCUCUGCUGAUCAGCACCUGCAUCCUGCCCAACGUGGAGGCCGUCAGCAACAUCCACAAUCUCAACUCUGUGAGCGAGUCGCCGCACGUGCGUAUGCACCACUACAUCGAGCUGGCCUGGGGCUUCUCCACAGCCCUGGGCAUCCUGCUGUUUUUAGCAGAGGUGGUGCUCCUCUGCUGGAUCAAGUUCCUGCCCGUGGACUCCAGUUUGCCCAAAAAGCAAGUUUGCACUACAGUGGCCCCCGCCUCGGGGAAGCCUACGACACCGCAAGCUGUGCCGCAGGACAGCGGCUGGCUGGCUGCGCUGGCGUCCACCAUCAUCAUGGUCCCGGUGGGGGUGAUUUUUGUCUUGUUCACCAUUCACUUCUAUCGCUCUCUGGUGCGCCACAAGACGGACCGUCACCACCAGGAGAUCGAAGAACUGCACAAGAUCAAGGUGCAGCUAGACGGCCACGAGAGGGGCCUCCACACCGUGUGACGCCACGACUGUCGCUUUAAGGACUUCACUUUCAUAUUUAUCUCUUCGCUGACAUUUGUACCGCUCAUUGUUAACGUCUCGCUUGGACUCGUAGGCCGUGAGCGUUAAAGCUCGUCACUUUGCAGCUCAGACAGCCGACACAUGUCCGACUGCUCAUUUCUUCUUAAGCUAAAGUUGCGUUGUCGGGCCUUUGUUUGUGUUUUAGAUCCGUUACAAGUGACGGUCAAGGAUCACGUAAAAGGUUUACAGAGGAAAGGGCUGGUGUGUUCUGCGUGCCAUCUUUGUGCAAUGCCUGUUUUCAUUGGAGGGUUUGGUUCAGCCAAAGAGCUGCCAUCGCUUCGUCCAGAGUAAACGCCAUAAAUAACUUUGUACGUCUCAAUAUGACUUGACUUGUUUGGUGUCUGUAAACUGGAUUCUGUGCUCAGGUGCAGACUCUGUAACGACGCUUCAGGAGGCUGAUCAGAUCAUUUUUAAAAGCUCAUUUAAUACUGGAUUCAGAUGUGAUGCUGUUGCAUGGUGAGGUCACUGUUUACACUUAAACCUGCUCCUCGGUCAGGCGCGCGCUUCACGUAAGAGCUGAGCUCGUUGUUUUAACUGUAAAAACCUGCGUCACUCAAAAAACUUAAUGUCCGUCUCACUUUAUUCUGAGUUUGUGAAGUCUUAAAAACAUCUUCCUCAAACGUUUCGUCCUUCAAACAGCUUCUUUUUACAAAGCCUGUCGACGCUGUUCAAGCCACUCAAUCGUGCCAAAUGCUUAAAUAUGAAUGUGUUACUGUCCAAAUAGAGUUCUGCCUUCCAGAACCUUUGCCUUUUUAUGAGCUGCUGUUUUGCUAAAGGUCAUAACGAGCGUCACAGAGUACACGCUGUACUCGGCGUGACCCCGUGACCUCCAGUUUAUGGAGUAAAUCUUCGGGAUCUUUCAGAAAGACUCGAGUUUCUAAACAUGUUACAUUCCAAAUAAGAUGACUGACCAAAGUGUUUGUGUCGGGUUGUUUCGUGUGUUUCAGAGGAGACAGAAGUGCACUUGUAGUUUAGUUGUACGGUGAGAAUAUCUUUCUUCGUCUCGUGUUUGUGCUUCUUAAAUAAAUAACUGUGGAGGUCAUGGAGACCCGUGUUCACAGCCUGCAAGACUUCCAGAAUAAAACAUAUUAAAGUUC